CUACUAUAUAACAAAUAAUUUGAGAGACCAGAAGGAUGUCGGGAUUGUCAAGGAAAAACUUGACAAAAGUAUUUCAGUCUUUCGAUACUGAUAAUAAUGGGUUCAUCUCAGUCCAGGAAUUAGGGAACUGUUUGCGUAAGUUGGGUCACCAGGUCACCAGUCAGGAGGUGGAACAACUCAUUAAUACCUCAGACAUUGACUCGGACGGUAAAAUGAACCUUGACGAGUUCAUUUCCAUGGUAAGAGCUGAAGCCGCACAGCAGAAGAGGAUGUUGACAUGAGAAAGGCGUUUUCAAUGUUCGACAAAAACGGAGAUGGUACGAUAACUAGAGACGAGCUACGAGAAGUUCUGAAUCAACUGGGAGAAAGUCCGACUGAAAGUGACCUUACCACAAUGUACCAGGAUGCAGAUAAAGAUGGGGAUGAUAAGAUAACAUUUGAGGAGUUCAAACACAUGAUCGAGAUGGUGGAAUAGACGGUGGUGUAGAUGGAGAUUAUAAAGGACACGGUAUAUGAGGAGAAGUAGAGGACGCACUGCACAUUUGUUCCGGCAGAAUUGUUGAGUCCCGAGUCAGUACACAAUUUGCCGAAUAAUUUCUGCAUUUUCAUUUGCACAUUUGAAAUAAAAAUCAGAAAGUGCGGACUGCGGGAUCGCACAAUUUUAAAUUUUACUGCACUUAAAUGUGGCACAGAAAACAGUUAUUUAUUGGGUUUCGAACUCGCAACCUAACGAUUGUAAGACAGGCGUUCUAACCAACUGCGCUACCUGGCCGUUACUUAAAUAAGUAAAUUAAUUUAAAUAAAAUUAGAAGUAACUAUCGUGAAGUAAUAUCAUGAAUGCAUGAACGUGAUGCUAAGCUGUCGAUAAUUUCAUUAUGUAAUAAUCUGUUACGAAGUACGAAUCGUUAUUAUCACUACUUAUUUUAUUCAUACUACAUAAACAUGACACCAGGGUAUAUGCCUAUGGUGCCCUGACCAUUUUAACCAUAAUAACCUCAAUAGAAUUAAUCUGAUACAUCAAAUCCUACGUCUUUCUUUUUAACUAAAGUAUCUAGAACUAUAAAGUCGUAAAAUUUGAAAGGAGAUCGAUUUGGUACAACCAGUGAUCAUUUAGCAUGAAAUUUACAUUAUUAUUAUAUCUGUACUUACCUUUAUUAUGCCUACAUAUUAUAUUGUGUGGUUUCUGCUUCUUUUUAGUUUAAUGUUGUUUACAAUAAAUAUUUUCUAAUUUUGUCUUUGCCUUAUGAUGAGUUAUACUUUUGAUCAUUUUUACACAUUCGCUAACAUCACUCACAGUCAGCCGCUCUGACAUGGUUAACCACCUUCCUUGUGUUGUUGGUUAAUCAUAUGAGCCGUGAGCGCGAUAUAAAUACCUCAUUUCAUUUCAAGUAUAAUACGCAGUAUUCUGUUGAAAGCGUUAUUUGUUAUUCUGCUGUAAGACUUAUUGUAAUAAUUACUAUAUGGUGUAUAUUAUUUACCAUAAUGUUAACUUUAAACGAUAUUAUAUUUACUGUAAACGAUAUUAUAUCUAGUUUCAUUGUAUGUAUAAUUACUAUAUUCACUGUAUACGAU